CACGCCUCCAGGAUAAAAAGUCCACACAAGUGUCAGCGAGGAGCAGACGACACCAGCGAGCUAAAGAAGUACUUUAGUGUCCUAUUUAGUUGUUAUUUUGCCUUUUGAACGUAAAGUGUUGGCCGCUUUUGUGACGAACAAGGGAGUGAAAUUGAAUCCAAACGCCGUAACUCUUACCAGCUAAUUAGCUGAAUUGGCAGCUCGUGUGAUUCAUGUCUAUAUUUCCCCGGACUAAUUCAGAUCAGCGUUUGUGCCCCGCCGAGAUAUGACUGAGGUGAUGAUCAACAGCACCCCCAUGGAUGACAUGAGGCUCAGUCCCACCAAGGACAGACUGUCCUUCCAGAUAUUCCCCGACCCGUCCGACUUUGAGCGCUGCUGCAAGCUCAAAGACCGCCUGCCGUCUAUCGUGGUGGAGCCCACAGAGGGCGAGGUGGAGAGCGGGGAGCUCCGCUGGCCUCCGGAGGAGUUCCUGGUUAGCGAGGAGGAGGAGGAGGAGGAGGACGACGACGACGAGGACGAGGACGACGAUGACGACGACGACGACGACGACGAUGAAGAGGAACAAAACGGACAAGAGACGCCGACAUCCCAGCGCUAGGUCUCUAGGAUGAAUAUGUCCCCCUUUUUCACGCACUGGUCACGCUGCACCUUAAACCUCCAGCAGAUGUAACGUGGCAGCCAUCUUGCCACCCUGCCAAGCGAAGCAAUACACACUUUCACAUCAAGAGACCGCCACCCUUUUGAACCCACACUUCCAUCGCCUCAAGACCAGGUGUCGCUCCGUGGACAGCUCUUGCACUGAUUGGGGGUGCAUUUUAGUCAAAGAUGACAACCAAACUUGCCUACAAUACCCGUGUUCACUCUCCUGGAUAUUCCUGUUCUAAGUGUUUUGUGAUUGCCGCCACUGUCCAUAGAGUUGUCUCUUUACCAGCGUUUUGUGAUGUGGGUGUAAAAUGUUCUGCGGAUUCUGUUUUUUGUGGUCUGCAUUUGGAAAUUCAAAGUAGGGUUUUAGGGAAGUGAGCAAGCAAGCGAAGGAAUGGGGUCUACGUGAUGAAGUGUUAACAGUAGGCAGCCAUGCUAUUUGCCUGGAGGUUGGGAAUUGCCGUUUUUUUCUUCGGCAUCAAGCAAUGUAACAAAUUUGAACGUGUAAAUAAUUGGUCCCUGUAAGCCAGUUGUGGUCGUUGUUGAUCCUGAUUGACUCCUCCUUUUAGUCUUCCUGUUUUUCAGAUGCAGCCAUACUUUUU